AACAAAAAUUAGAAAAAAACAAUGGACCUGCAAGUAAUAAUGCAACAAAUGAUGCAAGAUUUAAACGGAUAUGGCUAUAGAUAUGCAAUGCAAGCGGGUCAGCAGCCCUACGACCAAUAUCCGCAAAAUAGUGUAUUCGAUCAGGCCCCGGGUCCAGAAGAACAGGACGACGAAGAUGACGAGGACGAUGAUGAACAACGCACCUUGUUCUGUGGAAAUCUGGACCAACGCGUUACAGAGGAAAUCCUGUACGAAGUUUUCGUGCAAGCAGGUCCUAUUGAGGGUGUACGCAUUCCCUCGGACAACACUGGGCGGCAGCGCAACUUUGGGUUUGUGAUAUAUCAGCGAAUAUCUGCGGUUCCGUUUGCAUUGGAGCUGUACCAGGGCUUGGAAUUGUUUCAAAAAAAGGUUACCAUCAAACAGCAAGGGGCAGACAAGGUCAAGCCGCCAUCAUUUGGACAAAAUCGUUUACACAACCCGUUCAUUCACGAGUUGCCCGGUCAUUUACCUAAUGACUCUGGAGCACCACGCCACGGUCGUCACAGCUUACACGGUGCCAGACCAUAUGAUCGAAGUUCUGGCGCGAACAACAAGUACAAUAAUGGGGACCUGCGUCGCCGCUCCGACAGCUCAGUUAUGGAUCGCAAUCGGCCGAGGGCACAUCCGUAUCCUCAGCACCACCAUCAGCAUGAUAGACGUUCGGAUCAACGCAACAAUAACAAGCGAAGAUUACUUUGAGCCUAUGCCUCCAAUAAAAUCAGAAUCAGUUAAAUGUAA